UAUUUACCUGUGACCGGGAAUUAUGGUCCUGUUAUUAUAAAUAAAUACUGAUAUUUUGAAUAUUUCAAUGACUGUUAAAAAUAUAUAAGUAUGGCGGAAAGCACCGUUAAAUAUUCUACUGACAACUCGUCGGAGUUAGAGGAAAAACAAAGGAUAAUCGAUGGAAAUCCUUUUUGUUACUUAAAAAUUAAUGAUACGAGGGAACUAAACUUGGUCGAAUCUAGAAGAAAGUGUGAUUUAUGUCAAAAAUCACGGAAAUUUUUCUGUUACACCUGUUAUCAUCCUGUUCUUUCAUGCAAAUAUUAUCCACGAGUUAAGUUGCCAAUUAAAAUCGACAUCAUUAAGCAUCCUCGCGAAAUACCUGGCAAAAGCACAGCUAUCCAUGCUGCGAUAAUUGCACCGGCGGAUGUAAAAAUCUAUACAUAUCCAGAUUUUCCAGAAAUACCGAAUAAAGAGGAAACUGUUUUAGUUUUUCCUGGCAAAGAUAGUACAAAGAAUAUAAGUGUUAAGGAUCUUUUUAUAAGAAAAGAAGGAAAAGAUGCUUCAGGGGAAAGAACAGAGACUUAUCUUUUAUGGCCCAUAAAAAAGGCUAUUUUCAUAGAUAGUACAUGGCACCAGACUAAAUCAAUAUAUAAAGACCAAAGAUUGAGAGAGCUACGUUGUGUGGUAUUAAAAUCAAGGAUUUCUCAAUUUUGGCGUCAUCAAAAGGACAGUCCCAGAUGGUAUUUAGCAACAAUUGAAUCAAUUCAUCAAUUUCUAGUGGAAUUACACACAUGUGCUAUUGGAAUGGAUGAGGAUUAUGAAGAGAUUAUAAAAAGAUAUCUAGAUGUAAAUGAUAUUAUAAAGAAUACAGAUUACAUACAUCCAUACUCUGAAAUUAAUAGUGAAGAACUAAUGCAGAAAUACAAUGGACAGUAUGAUAAUCUUUUAUACUUUUUUAAAUACAUGUUUGAACACAUUCAUUCCAUAUAUAAUCGUAAUCAAUUAAAGGCUUAUAAGAGGCCACUCACAUAA